AUGGUGAAAUUCUUUGAAGGCUCAGCAAGCAUUCCAUUCACAUGGGACCAUGUUGCUCAGGCCUUCUGGAGGAGAUAUCCCAACCCCCACAGCACCCAUGUGCUCACUGAAGACACCUUCUUUCAAGAGCUACAAGGGCAUAAACUAUAUUCCAAGCGACUCUUUAUCAAGACCAAUAAGCUUCCAAAAUGGGGAGAGGCAUUUGUUUCUUCAAGGACAGUGUGCAUUGUGGAAGAAUCUAUUGUUGACCCCAAGUUGAAAUCACUCAUCACUUACACACGCAACAUUGGGUUCAACCGAGCCAUGACAGUAGAGGAAAAGACAGUGUAUACUGCUGAUCCACAACAUCAGCAAUGGACGUUAGCAAAACGACAAGCUUGGAUUUCAUCAUCGUUGUUUGGUUUCAAGUUUGCCAUUGAGGCCUUUGGCUUAGAACGGUACAAGAAGAAUGCAACCAAGGCAACAUUAGGUUUCAUGCAUGUGUUGAAGGAGAACUUUGGCGGAGGGAAGGCUCGAGGUGAUGUUCAGCAGGCUGAUGAUGCCCAUAAAAAGCUUAAGGAUGCUGCUCUAAAAUGGGCCACCUCUGGUAAAGUCUCACUCUGA